AUGGAAACUUCUGUGAACAAAAUUCCAACAAUUUUGAUUAUUGGAGCAGGUGUAGGUGGACUUAGUUUUUACCAAUCUGCUCGAAAAAAUCUUGACCAGAAAUUUAAUGUUAAAAUAUUCGAUCGAGAGACCAGUCCUCAAGAACGAUGGGAAGGUUACAACAUCUGUGUUAGUAGAAAAGGAGUUACCUCUUUAUUCUAUUGCACGCCAUCCAAAGUUCAAGAUCGUUUAAUUGAAGCAAUACCAAGUCCAACAUCUAAGGAACAUCAUAGUACAAUGAUUAUUGAUCACGCAGGAAAACUUUUGUUUAGCGCGCCACAACAGAACUUCAAUAUUUAUGAGAUGGAACCUCUUAAACAUGAUUUUGCUGGCAUAGUUGCUUAUCGUAAUAUAUUAAGAGACGUUCUGCUAGAUGGUGUUGAUGUCCAAUGGGGUAAAAAAUGCGUCGGAUAUGAAGAAAGUGAAGAUGGAGUUUGGGCAUUAUUUGAUGAUGGAACUAGGGAAUUUGGUGACCUAUUAAUCGGUUCAGAUGGAAUUAAUUCACCAAUUCGAAAACAAAUGGUUCCUAACUUAAAAAUUCUUGACCCCGGUGUAACCAGUGUUGACAUAGAUGUUGUAAUACCAAAAUAUAUGGCAGAUAAAUUAAUGAACAUUUACAAAAAUGCUAUUAUUCAGUGGUCACUUGGUAAAAAUGGUGAUGCGUUUCUUUCAUCGAUGCGUUAUAUACCAGUCAAUGAAUCUGAUGAACCACGUUAUAGGCUUAAUUUUGCAUAUCACUAUCCAACAAUCCUCGAUAUUAACGAUGAAAAUAAUAAAUUAGUUGAUGAUGAUAAUCCAGAAUCAGUUGUUAAACAUACAAUUUCAAGAAUAAAACAAUUACGACCACCUGGUGAGCUAAGAGAUCUAAUAAUUGAAAUUUUAUCAUUAGCUCUACACUCUAAUUCGGGAUAUUCUGAGAAAUAUCCAUUUCGAACGUAUAAUCCUAUAAGACGUCGUCAACUUCGUGAUAUUGAUCCACUAUCUGUUCCAGAUUGGAAAGAUGGUAGGGUCGUUUUACUAGGAGAUGCAGCUCAUGCUAUGAAUCCGAUAUUAGGAUUAGGUGCAAACAAUGCAAUGCAAGAUGCUGACCUGUUGACUAAAGAAUUAAUUAAUUCUGAAAAACAUGCGUUGAAACAGGCAAUACCACUAGAAAAUUUUGGAUUAUUUGCUAGAAAUUUCAUUCUUAGAGCUUAUAAUAUGUUUAUGCAUGCUGCUGCGUUUAUUCAAACCCGCCAUUAG